AUGAGCUCCAAAAUAUCCGCCAUUAGCGAGAUCGAUGUCGGUCGAAUCACCUCAGGACAAGUAAUCGUUGAUUUGACUUCAGCAGUGAAGGAGUUACUGGAUAACAGUAUCGAUGCCGGUGCAGACCAAUUCGAGUGUGUUUUCAAGAAUUACGGCUUGGAAUCUAUAGAGUGCAGUGAUAAUGGCAGUGGCGUUCCUGAGGACAGCUACGAAGGUUUGGCGUUGAAACAUCACACUUCUAAAAUAUCGAGUUUUGAAGAUGUAUCGCAGGUUACAACAUUAGGGUUCAGAGGCGAAGCUCUUUCGUCUCUGGCUGCCAUAGCAAAUUUGGUGGUAACAACCACAACGACUCCACCAAAAGCAGCCCGGUUGGAAUUCAAUGCCAAAGGCGAGUUGACAAAACAAACCGUCACGUCCCGCAACAAGGGCACCACGGUUUUGAUCUCUCAGUUGUUCAACAAUCUCCCGGUGCGUAAAAAAGACUUUACUCGCAAUUGCAAGCGGCAAUUUAACAAGUGCAUCGCGCUCCUACAGCAGUAUACCAUAAUUCAGGACCGGAUGAAGAUCUCGAUCUGGCACAUCACCAGUAACGGACGACGCACUCUCGUGCUGUCGUCUACCAAGGACCAGGGCAUCCCAAAAAGAAUAGUGGGUGUUUACGGAUCAAGUGCUAUGCAAGGCCUUUCAGGGAUCAAUCUGCACCUCGUGGUGAAUUCGGGCAAGUCCUGGGCGUCCCAAGCAUUUGGAGAUGACUAUAAAGGGGCCUCUGAAUAUACCAUAGACGUGUCCGGCUUUAUCUCCAAGAGUUCUUCUGGAUGCGGGAGAAACGCCAAAGAUCGGCAGUUCGUAUACAUCAACCAGCGUCCUGUAAUUUACCCGUCACUUAUUAAGUGCUGUAACGAGGUUUACCGCACCAAUAACAAUGUACAGUUUCCGGCCUGUUUCCUAAACUUCCAAGUUGCGCCGGAAUUCAUUGACGUUAACAUCACACCCGACAAGAGAACGGUAAUUCUGCACAGCGAAAGCGCUGUAAUCGAUACUUUAAGAGACGCUUUGGCGCGGUAUUUCUCGGAUCAGGAAAUGGUGUUGCCCAUUUCGUCAAAGGUCAAAAUGGAAAAUGUUGAUGAGCCAGAACCUAAAAAACAUAAGACGGCAGUCGUAAGUCAAGAGCUAGACUUUGAGUUUCACAAUGAUAUGGGAACCUCUGAGCCUCAGCCUGACAAUUCGGAGUUGGUCGAACGCGGUAAACCCGCAUCACAGAAUUUUCAACCGGAAAAUGAUCUCGAAGUGCAGGAACCUAAAAUUUUCGUUUUGGACUCAGAGCUUUCUGGUGAAGAAGAUGAGGCUGACACUCGUCCCGCACCUAAUGUCAAGGAGUCAAUUGUGUUUGGUGGUGGUAGGACCUCUGUAAGUAUUCCGAAAAUCAAGAAGACUCAAGGAACGCUUGAUGUGUUUGCGAACCACACGAAAGAAGCUGACUCCGAAUUCCUUGUCAGAAAACCAAACGCCGCUGAAGAGCCACUGACGAUGCAGAUUGGCGAUGAGCAUUUUGAAGAAAGGGCAACGAUCACCAGAGACAAUCAGUUAAUAUUUUCGAAAAAUGCCGAUUCGAACCAUUCUGACCAUUCUCACGGUUCUUGCACAUGCUCAUCGGCCAACGAAGAAGAUUCGGACGACGAACUAUUUGAAGAAAACAGCUUUUCAGUUGAUGGUAACGAUGAAAUCACACAGUAUAGCGCCGAUCCUUCUCACAUUCCUGUAUUCAGAAAUUCGGUGAUAUCAGAACCGACAGAGCAAAGACCUGCACACACACCGAAAAGUUCAACACUGUCGCAAAGAGGGAAAACUCUGAAAAGCUCUGCACACGCUGUCAACUCUGAUAUUCUUUGCGUGACAGUGCAAGUGAGUCCCGUUAAGCUGGACAAUAAAUUUACAGAGCAGGCUCGAUUGAUAGAGCGUCAAAGAACGAGAAAGCACGAAAACUUUAUCCAAAAAAAUGAACAAAUAGAAAACUUUGAGGAGGGCGAGAAGUACUUGACGCUUUCCGUAUCAAAAGGAGACUUCAAAACAAUGCAAAUCGUAGGUCAGUUCAACCUGGGGUUUAUUCUAGCAACGCGAAGAAUCGGUCGGAAAUUCGAUCUUUUCAUUAUCGAUCAGCACGCCGGUGACGAAAAGUUUAACUUUGAGAUGCUGCAAAGAAAUACGGUCUUGAAAUCACAACGUCUGAUUGCCCCUCAAGUUGUGGAAAUGAGUGUUAUGGAUGAACUUAUCGCGAUGGAAAAUUUAAACGUGUUUGAAAAGAACGGUUUCAAGCUUGAGGUUGAAAAGGACCAACCACAAGGUGGCCGGGUGCGCUUGGUUAGCUUACCUGUGUCCAAAAAAACCGUUUUUGACAUGAAUGAUUUGCACGAAUUAAUCCAUUUUGUAAGAGAGUCUGACGGGUUGAACAAAGACGCCGUGCGAUGCUCAAAAGUAAGAGCCAUGCUAGCGAUGCGGGCUUGUCGGAGUAGCAUAAUGGUUGGCAAGGCAUUAUCUAAAAAAAUGAUGGUGCGCGUUGUGCGAAAUUUGAGCGAGUUGGACAAACCGUGGAAUUGUCCGCACGGAAGGCCCACCAUGCGACAUCUGAUGGAACUCCGGGAUUGGAAUGUUUUCGACGACGAUUAUGCUCUGUGA